AAAAGCACAUCUUGAUUGUCAGUGGGGGAGUGCUUUGAUUGAGGAGAACAUAUUAUCUUUUUUUAAUCAAAAUUCUAGAGAGGGAAACUGAUUUUUAUAUUCCCAUGAUGUUUUGUAGUUCAACUCCUCUGGGAAAACAUGUUAGUAUAGUGAUUCAACAAUGGGCCAUGGCAAAUUAUAUCCAAGCUGCCAAGCACACAGACCGACAGACCACACCAACCCUUUGAUAUUCAUCCUUCUCUCUCUCUCUCUCUCUCUCUCAUAUUCUUCUUCAAGUGUUUCUUCUCUUUCACUCAUACUAUUCCUCUGUCAUUGUUCCCCCCUUCACUUUGCUUUCAUUCCAUAGUUUUCUUCACAGUUUGGUGAUACCCAUUCUCCAAAAGGGGGAGCACACUGCAGCUAUCUUCUCUGAGCACUAUACAUACCAGGUUAUAUCAGCAAUGGUUUCCGGAGACUGGUUUAAGAAUAUAAUCAGUUUGAAAAAAUCAAAAGAUGGGAGAUCUAAGAAGUUAAAGGGAUAUAAAGAGACAAUUAAUAGCCAAGGGAACAACCUUGAACCUCCUAUAAUAGGAAAUGGCGUUUCAGAUGGAAAUCACGCGGUUCUUAGUAUGCCUAUAGAGCAGAUAGCAGCAAUACAGAUUCAGAAAGCAUUCCGAGCAUAUAUGGCGAGGAAAACUUUACGCCGCUUAAAAGGAAAUGCUAAACUACAAAUCCUGACUGAAGGCAAUUCAGUCAAAAGACAAACUUCGACAACUUUGAGCUAUCUCCAUUCUUGGACUCGGAUACAAGCAGAGAUUAGAGCACGGCGUGCCCAGAUGGUAGCAGAAGGUCAUCUCCGGCAAAGGAAGCUAGAUAAUCAAUCAAAGCUCGAAGCCAAGCUUCAGAAUUUAGAGGUAGAGUGGAGCGGUGGCCCUGAAACAAUGGAGGAAGCUCUUGCAAGGAUACAUCAAAGAGAAGAAGCAGCAGAGAAGCGAGAGCGAACUAUGGCCUAUGCAUUUUCUCAUCAAUGGAGGGCAAAUUCCAGCCCGAUAUAUGGAUCGAGUAGUAACCUUGAACUGGGAAAAGCAAACUGGGGCUGGAGCUGGACAGAGCGCUGGAUCGCUGCCAGGCCUUGGGAAAGCCGAACCCCGACUAAACCAAGUCCAAAGAAAGCGCAGAAUAAGCAAGCUAGCAAAACAAGCAAAAUCACGACGAUCACAGCAACAACUAAAACCCCGGUUCCUGCUAAAGAGAAAGUACCUACAAAACCCCGCAGACUAUCUUAUGAAUCGGGUGUAAAAGUAGUUCCUAAUAAAGGGAAUGAGAAAACCAAGGAGGCAAGCACUAAGAAACAGCAGGCAGUAUCUGAAGAGCAGACAUGAGAAGUUUGUGUUUUGUUGUUCUGAACAAGCCCCUCUGCUGUCAUGAAUUGUCAGCAAAGAAGUGAUGAAUGUUUCCAUUGAUCCCUGGUUCAUCUUGUGAGAGUGUUCAGUGUUGUGAUUUAUGUAAGCUUGCCAGUUUUUUCAAAUUGAUGUGUAUCUUGGAGUGCUCCUAAGCUACUAUGGAGUACUAAAUUAUAAUGUAAAUAAAUAUUUAAAAUAUUUUCUUUUGAGAAUAUUUAUAUACUUAUUUGAGCAUUCAACA